CCCAGCUACAGCAUGGCCUGCACCUUCGCCUACAGGAUCUACGACAAAGUCCAGCUGAGUUACGAGGAGGCGGAGAAGCAGUGCCAGAGGGACCGAGCCAGACUGAUCGCCAUUAAGACGUCCGAGCAGCAGCGCAUCAUGACGGGGAAGACCUCUCGCAGUGAGGCCUACUGGAUAGGCCUAGACGACAGGGCGAGCGAGGGGGACUUCGUCUUGUCGGACGGCACCAAGCCCAAGUACCUGAAUUGGGACAGCGGACAACCCAACAACUAUAUCAAAAAUGAGAAGGACCAAGACUGCGCCAUGUUGUUUCAGGGGACUUGGAAUGACAACCAGUGCGACCAGACGCUGAGGUUUAUAUGUGAGAUCCCUUUCCUGGAAGUCUAAAGAAAGGGAUAAAGGGCUUCUAUCUCUGCGCUUUCUUUCUCUUUCCCACUCUCUCUCUCUCCUCUCUUUUUUCUUUCUCUCUCUCACUCGCUUCU